GCGCCCCCUCCCUCUUGCGGGAGCGGGCGGGGUGUGGGUUGGGCUGGGCUGGGCUCUCGAAGGGGUAGAGGAGAGACUGGGCGGACACGGGAGGAGCUGGAGAUGCUGCCGCCCCUCCGGGGGCUGGGUUCCCUUGACUGCAGCUUGUGCCGAGCCAGAGCGCGGGCAGGCGAGCCGUCCGUUCCCAGGGAGCGGCCCUUACCUGCUCGCGGCUCGAUCUGCUGCGGGAGGUCUAGGAGUGCUACUGGAGACUGACCUCAGUCUGGGGCUGCCUACGGCCGUUGUUGCCCCGGGGAAGGACGCUUUGCCCGUGGUGUUCCGCUGCCCCCGGCGACGGGGGCUUCGGCGGCAGUCGAAAUGAGCAGCAUAGAGAUCCCAGCGGGGCUCACGGAGCUGCUGCAGAGCUUCACCGUGGAGGUGCUCAGGCACCAGCCUGGGGACCUGCUGGAGUUCGCCCUGCAGCACUUUACCCGCCUGCAGCAGGAGAACCGGUAUAAGGGAGGCCAUGGGGCCGUUGAUCGGGCUUCCGCGGGAGCCGGGGCCGUGGGGGGCGGCACCCCCAGCCGAGGGGUCAACUUUGCCGACGAGCCAGUGCAGACCGAAUCCGAGAACGGGGAGGAGGAGGACGACGACGAAGAGCAGCAGUCCGGGGACACUGGGGCGUUCAGCGCCCCUGUUUUGAACCGGUUUACUAGACGUGCGUCAGUAUGUGCAGAAGCUUACAAUCCAGAUGAAGAAGAAGAUGAUGCAGAAUCCAGGAUUAUACACCCGAAGACAGAUGAUCAAAGAAAUAGGUUACAAGAGGCUUGCAAAGACAUCCUUCUUUUUAAGAACUUAGAUCCGGAGCAGAUGUCUCAGGUAUUAGAUGCCAUGUUUGAAAAGCUGGUCAAAGAAGGAGAGCAUGUAAUUGAUCAAGGGGAUGAUGGUGACAACUUUUAUGUAAUUGACAGGGGCACCUACGAUAUUUAUGUAAAGUGUGAUGGUGUUGGAAAGUGUAUUGGCAACUAUGAUAACCGUGGAAGCUUUGGUGAAUUGGCCUUAAUGUACAAUACACCCAGAGCAGCUACAAUCACUGCUACCUCUCCUGGUGCUCUGUGGGGUUUGGACAGGGUAACCUUCAGAAGGAUAAUUGUAAAAAACAAUGCCAAAAAAAGAAGGAUGUAUGAAAGUUUUAUCGAGUCACUACCAUUUCUUAAAUCUCUAGAAGUCUCAGAACGUCUGAAAGUGGUUGAUGUGAUAGGCACCAAAGUAUACAAAGAUGGAGAACAGAUUAUUGCUCAGGGAGAUUCAGCUGAUUCUUUUUUCAUUAUAGAAUCUGGAGAAGUGAAAAUAAGUAUGAAAAGGAAGAAUAAACAAGAAGUAGAAGAGAAUGGUGCCAUUGAAAUUGCCCGAUAUUCCAGGGGACAAUAUUUUGGCGAACUUGCCCUGGUAACAAACAAACCCCGAGCAGCUUCAGCUCACGCUAUUGGAACUGUCAAAUGUUUAGCCAUGGACGUCCAAGCAUUUGAAAGACUUUUGGGACCCUGCAUGGAAAUUAUGAAAAGGAAUAUUGCAAACUAUGAAGAACAGUUAGUUGCUUUAUUUGGGACAAACAUGGACAUUGAUUCCACAGCAUGAAGGAGAAAUAUCAUUUGACAAGAGCUAAUAUCACGGAACAGCACAGUAGUGGUUGUCCACUGAAAAUGUAUCUAUCUUUGUUGUAGAUGCUGAGGAUUUCCUGUGAUUUCAGAAUUUUUUUGCUUUUUUUACAUAAAACUAUAAUGUAUCAGUAAGCAAAAUAGUGAUUUAAUAGAUAAUAGGUUCUACCUAUAACUCUUCUGAAAGAGCAGAUUUGAAGAAAUCAAUAUGUUCAAUAAAUUUGUUUCUACUCUACAAAAUUAUUAAGAUUUGCUGGAGAGUUUGUUCUAAUGAUUGUGGUGUAUUACUUAAAAGUAUUAGUGCAUACAAAGUUAGUAAAAUGCUUAUAGUACUGGGGAUAUGAAAUAGGUUCAUUCUGGUGGAUUAAAAUUACUAUGCCCAAAUCAAAAAAGCAAUUCAAAGAUUGAUCAUAGUUGUAAAGCAUGAUAUUACAGUUUUCUAAAAACUCUAUACAUGUGUGUCUUCUUUCAUCCUUUUUAUUUUGUGGCUUAAUCCAGGUGUCUUUGAAAAGUAGUCUAAAAUACUAUAUGCAAUGUUGAAGACUCAUUUUUACAAGAAAUAACAUUUUGACUAAUUUGGCAUAAUGUCAAUAGCUUAUACAUUCCACUGGUUUAAGAAGUGGUAAUCCAAACACUUUUUAGUAAGGAGAAAAACUACUUUUUCAGAUGACAAGUAAAUGUUACAUUUUUCCUAAGCAACCAGAUACUACCCUUUGUUUCCUUCUUUUUAGUUUGUGAUUCUUACUAUUUUUCACCUUUUUAAAAAAUUCUAAGUUUUGUUUUAGAGUUUGAUAUUCAUCUUUUUAUGGCAGCUUUUGGAUAAUUUUUUUUCUUCCAGGUUUCAAAUUUCUGGGCCACAAAAUAACUCAGUAUGACCUAUAAUUUAAAAAAAAAAAGGUUAAAGUCACAUUUUGAGAACUAUUAAUAAAAUAGCAGAAGAAAACUAUCAUGAACUUUAAAUGUAUUUAUUAAAAGUGAUUUUGUGUCCUAAAUCCAAAACAUCUUUUAGUCACUCUAAAAUAUUUCCUAGAGCAAAAGAAUUGAUCUAUUCUUAAGGAUAAGAUAUUUCUACAUCUUCAGACUGGGUUUACAUUAAGAUGAGCUUUCCCAUACACUUAAACCAAAACGGUUCUUGCUUCUCUUGUAUUAACUGUGAUAUGUCUGUAGACACAAAUAAGAGAACAAAAAUUUUUAUCAAUUAAUAGCCACUCACAAGGUUGUUGUCAGAGUUAAACUACCAUCAUUAUGGCAGAAAUAGAAAAUGUUUAAAAAAGCAAAGGUGCAAAAGGAGAACAAAGAUUAAAAGUAGGAAAAUAGUCUGUGAGCUUAUCCUCACCCCUUCAUACUUUGCAUUAUCACACCACUUUAUGUCCUGCUCUUUCUUUGCUUUUGUGAGGACACUACUUAAAGUCAACAAUGAGCUUAACACACACACACUAAGAGAAAAGGAGUAUUAUUCUUGUUCUAUGUUUCCACUGUUCACAUUUGGAAAGAAGUUAGCUUAUAGGAUGUAGGUUUAGAGCCAAAAUGGAUUUAAGUCAUACAGAGAGAGGGGAUGGAAGCCUAAAGAAGUUAAAUGAUUUGCCCAAGUCACAUAGAUUGUAAGUGACAGAGGCAGGAUUCACAUUCAGGAUUCAGAUUUGACCAGAAUUUUAUUCACUGCACAAAACAUGUCCUUUUCUCUGUUGGUGAGAAAUGUCUUUGUGUCACACCAUUCACUAACAAUAUUCAUGUUAACAAACUGUGUGUUUGCACUAAGAUGAAAAUAAAUGAAGUUUCUCAAUUUUCCUGGAAAAAAAGUUUUCAACUUCAAUAUAGAUGAGGAUAAAUAGUCUUUAUUUACUGUGAUCUGUUUGGAAAAUCUUUUCAGCCUCACUUGAAUAUGAAACUAUGGUUAGAAAGUAAUGUACCUAUCUGAAGUUAUAUACAGUAUGUAAUUAAAAGCAUAACUGCAGCCAAAUUUUUUUAAUGGUAUCUUUUUUUAUGUACAUUACCUUGUAAGAAAAAAGUUACAUACAUAAUGAUAAUUUGUUGGCCUUUGUACUUCAGAUUUUAUUUUAAAAUGCUGUCUUAUACAAGGAGAAAACACUAAGUAACCAGAAUUCUCAGUUCAUCAUUCUGUAUGCUUCCUUCUAAACAAGUUAUCUGCUCUGUUGUACUGGUUUAUUGUUAACUAUUCAUUGUUAACUAUUGUUAACUUCAUAGAAUGAUAAAUACUUGUACAACAAAGAAUUCUGAUCAAGGUUGUUAAUGCCAGUCACAAUAUUUUCAGUAUUGUUGGUUAUAUUUAAAGUUUCCUUAUAAUAAACCACAAUUUUAUAAUAAA